AUUAAAUAUCUUAAAACAUCAAAAAAACACAAAUUAAUGGCGUGUGUUAUAAACUGGAAGAUCACAAGAUGAAAAGCAAAAGUCACCAGGAACAACCAAAAAAUCCAUCAAACAUACACAUGCCUUGUAUUGUAUUAUUAUCUCGCUCGCUAAUUAUAAUUUAUACACAGAAAAAAAAGCUUAAAUCUUUCCCCAUAAUCUCGUGACUUUUCUUUGUUUCCACUCAUUCCCAAAUUUAUAGGCAUCAUUUCAGCACUUUUUCUUUAAUCACUCUUCUUUACUCACCCCAUCUUCUUCUACUUUGAUCUUCCAGUUUCAGAGAUUGAUUUUGUGGAGGAUAAGGUUAAGGAUCAAGAAAUCACCUUGGUUUUUGGUACAUGGUGUCAAAUUAGCGAGCUGUGAAAUUUUCUUGAUUUUGAAGUAGUACUAAUGGAGGAGAGGAGAUUGAAUUUCAAUAUUCCACUUUUAUCAGUGAGGAGAUCUACUACUCCAACAAGAUCUUCUGCUCGAAAUGACGAAAAGGUGAACGAAAUUGAGAAUUCGCAGCUAAAUAGACAACGGACAUUGGCUUCGCCAGAUUGCGGCUUGGAUCAAGUAACUGAACCAGUUGCAGUGCCUUUUAUGUGGGAGAAAAUCCCGGGGAGACGAAAAGAUAAUCGAAUGCAUGAUUCGAAGAGUCACGAGGAUGCUCCUCGUAAGGCGUUGUCUGUCGUAAAGCAUAUUGAGGAUAAGAAACCUGAGGAUCGAGUUCUUAUUAGGCCUCAGAUUAAUGCAAAGUCAUUUAAUAAAACUACGAGUGGAUUGAAUUGUUCGAAGGAAGAAGCAAAUGAGGACAAUGAUGAUGAGGAUGCCGAGGAUGCGUAUUCUGAUGCACUCGACACAUUGUCUCCGACAGAUUCGUUCUCUAUGAACUGCAGUUUUAGUGGUGUGAGUGGCUUUGAUAGUAAAGUUGCAAAGCCUUCAGGAACUCACUCAACCGAUCAGCAUACCCGAGAUUUCAUGAUGAAUCGCUUCUUACCGGCUGCCAAGGCAAUGACUUUAGAGCCGCCACAUUAUGCUGGAAGAAGGCAAUCUGUGUCAGGUGAACAACCUAAACAGAUUGUCAAAGUUAUUCCGAGGGAUAAAACACCUCCAGUUAUUCGAAAUGAAUUGAGGAAUAUCCCACCUUAUUAUCACCAAGAUAAAGAAGAAGAUGAAACUGAAGAUGAAUGUGAUAACUUUUCUGAUUAUUCUAGCAAAAUAACAGCUAAAGGUUGCAGUUUUCUUCCUCGGUUAUGCAUUAAAAACUCUUUGUAUCUCCUGAAUCCUGUUCCUGGAUUGAAAGUUAAGACUCAAACUUCCGGGUCUUCGGUCCGGGAUGUUAAAAAACUGACUAAAGCUAUCUUCUCUAGAUCCCAGAGUCCAACUGCUAAGAAGCCUACUAGGGAUGCUGUUACUAAACAAAAACUAGACAAGGAAGUUUCCUCACCAAGGCUGCAAGGAGUUGACAAUAAGCUAACCGGUGGAUCCAACCGGUUUAUUCACGCAGCAGAUAGGCAAAUGAUAAGUAGGACAUCGCCAUUUAGGCGUUCAGGUUGCUUAUCUCCUUGCCGUGAUGAAACACCUCAGUCUCCUUUCCGCGGACGUGGAGGAUCUCUCGGAAUUCCUAAAGAACUUGAAGGUCUAAAACCCAAUAAGUUGAACUCGUUCAACAGAGGCGCCUAUAGCAAAUCUCAGGAACUGGUACCUUAUAAUGCCAUUAGACGUGGUUCACGUCCAGCGAGUCCUGCUGUCGAGAAGACAUUGUAUGUAGAUACUGUAAAUGUGGCAGGACUCUUGUGUUCAAAUUCAGGUAAGAAGGGAUUUGUGGAUUCUGCUGAGAAGGAUCUUAAGGCAUUGUUUCAAGAAAUUGCUGUUGUAAAAUCUUCAUUUCGGGAGAUGAAGUCCCCGAAAUCGAGUCUUCCUGCUGUAGAGAGUAAACUGGAGAAUAAAAGCUUGCAUUCCCGGGAUCUGUCAUCUAACAGAGGCCGCAUGGAGAUGGCAGAAGAUGCCAAGGAAUCAAGGGCCUUGGUACCUGUAAGUACGGAAAGUGAUCAGAUUUCAAACAGACACAAUACUGGAAGUGAGGAGACUAGUUUAGUACCAAUACACCCUCCACUUGCUCCACUUCUACCGAAAACUCCAUCAGAAUCUUGGCUUUGGCGUACUCUGCCUUCAAUGUCGUCUCAGAAUUUAUACCGUGGCACGAGUUUCCAGAGCAAAAGGCAGGAUCCUAAGACAUCCUCUGCUACUACCAAAUGGGAAAACAUUGUCAAAUCAUCUUAUUUGCAUCACGAUCAUGUUCGCUACUCCGAGGAACUAUUUCCUCAUGCUCCUAAGUAAUCGAAAAGCUGAGAGAUUUGAAGGUGUUUCCUACAUUACAUACUGCCAUUGUUUUGCUUGGAUUUUGGAUUUGUAUCAGAUAGUUCAGUUCAGUCCCAUUUUUUUGCUGGGAGAAUCAUUCAACUAAAACCAUAGGCAGAAUGUUUUUGCACUUGGUUCUUGUAUUAUAAAGUUAGUAAAUUUUGCGUUCCCUUUCUUGCAUUAUGUGCCUGCUUAAACUCAUGCAAGACUGAGGCAAUGGCUGUGUAAACUCUAUAUGAUCUCAUGUUUCGGUAUUACAGAAAUUUAAAGGCCAUUUUUUGAGUGGUCAA